AUGACUCUGUAAGUGGGCUGUGCAGGCUGACGUUGGAUCUGUGAGGGACCAUGACUCUGUGUGGGUUGUGCGGGCUGUGUGGGUUGAUGCUGGAUCUGUGAGUAGGCUGAGCACAGGAUCUCUGAGAGCACACUGGGCACAGGAGAACCCUGCAGGAUACACUGAGAGGACAUAGGAACUACAGGACACGCUGAGAGACAUGGAUGUCCUCACGCUGUCUCUCUGUUCAUUGCUGCUCCUCUACUUCAUUAUAACUGUAUGGAGAAUACAGAAGACACGGCUCCGACUUCCUCCAGGACCGACUCCAUUGCCAUUUAUAGGUAAUCUGCUUCAAGUGAGCUUCGCAUUGUACCGGGUUUAUCCCAAGCUAACUAAGCAGUAUGGACCUAUCUUCACUGUCUGGUUGGGUCCUAGACCAGUGGUUGUACUUUCUGGAUAUGCAGUUAUUAAAGAGGCCCUGAUUAAUUAUUCUCAUCAAUUUGGUGCUCGUGGAUCCUUACCAGUAACAAGACGACUCACAGAAGGUUAUGGUAUUGUCACCACCAAUGGAGAACGCUGGCAGCAGGUUAGACGGUUUGCUGUGACGACAUUAAGGAAUUUCGGAAUGGGGAAGCGUUCAAUGGAGGAGAGGGUUCAGGAGGAAUCCCGUCACCUAAUAAAGGCUAUAGAGGAUACUGGAGGUGAAGUGUUCGAUCCUUUGACAAUUCUUGGACGUGCUGUUAACAAUGUGAUAAACUUGGUGAUGUUCGGCCGGCGCUGGGGCUAUGAGGAUGAAACCUUUCUGAAAUUUGUCUCUGUCAUUAACAAUCUGUUUACUUUCAUCCGAAGUCCACUAGGAUUGGCGUAUGUUUCGUUUGCUAGUGUAAUGAAAUAUCUUCCGGGCCACCAUCAGAAGGUGUUUGCAGACAGUGAGCAUGUGAAAUCUUUCAUCAGGGAGGAAAUCAACUCCCACCGGAGAUCCCUUGAUCCAGAGUUCCCCCGUGAUUUCAUAGACUGCUUCCUCAUCCAGGCCAGCAAGGAGAAAGAUGUGAAAAAUAGUGAAUUUUGCCAGGAGAACCUGCAGGCUUCUGUGUUUGAAAUGUUCAUUGCUGGAACAGAUACCACAGCCAACAAUUUGCAGUUCAGCCUGUUGGUGAUGAUAAAAUAUCCAGACAUCCAAGAGAGGAUACAGGAGGAGAUAGAUGCAGUCAUUGGAACAGACAGACUGCCCAGCAUGACCGACCGCUUCCAAAUGCCGUAUACCAAUGCCGUCAUGCAUGAGUUUAUGAGAUAUAUAGACCUUACUCCAAUGGGGCUUCCUCGUGUAGUGACUGAAGACACCACUUUCCGAGGCUUUAUUCUCCCCAAGGGGACCACUGUAUUUCCUCUCCUUUGCUCUGCUCUAUCAGACCCAGAGUACUGGAAGUCACCUUAUGACUUUAAUCCAGAGAAUUUCCUGGAUGAAAAUGGAAAGUUCCAUCCACAGGAAGCUUUGAUCCCUUUCUCCACAGGAAAGAGGAUCUGCCCAGGGGAAGGUUUGGCCCGGAUGGAGAUCUUCCUAUUCCUCACUGCUCUGCUCCAAAAAUUCUCUUUCCAACGUGCAAACCCCACCGACACACUGAACCUGGAGGUGCUUCGACGUGCCUUCCAUAAACAGGGGCUCACCUAUAAUCUGAGAGCCAUUCCCAGAACAAAAAAAUGAAUGAACACAAAAGACGAAGACUGGAAGACUUACUCCAAUGAACAAGGAAAAUACUGCUCUUUCCAGCUCUUAAUAAUGAUCACUUGAUUCUGUAGGUUCUUACAUUCUUUACUCAAAAGACUGAGACUCCCAUUUCCUCAUUACUAUUCCUCAUUAUCAUAUUCCCAAAUACAUAUUUUUUUUCUCAAGAAGUCUUAUAACUUUCUCCUGAUACCACUUUUUAUUUACUUUGUCUAUGGCGGAUACUACAACUUGAGUGUUGGUGGUGAUCAAAAAAAUAAAAAUAAAAGAUUUCAAAUGACCACUAAUACUUAAGCCAUAGUGUUGAAGUCAGUCAAAGCAUGUAAAUAAAAAUUACUGCUUCUUUCCCAGUUAGGAUAUUGUAUCGAUCACUCAAUCAAUAAUCAUCUUCCAGAAGCCUCAAAGGUAGUGAGAUUUCAGCUUGUGUGCUGGGAAUAUAGGGCCAGAUUCACAGAAGAGAUACGACGGCGUAUCUCCUGAUACACCGUCGUAUCUCUUGUCGUAUCUA